AUGGGCUCUGUCGUCAUUCCCCAUCUCACCUCCGGCUGGCACGUCGACCAGGCCAUCCUCAGCGAGGAAGAGCGCCUGGUCCUCAUCCGCUUCGGCCGCGACUGGGAUCCAGACUGCAUGCGCCAGGACGAGGUCCUCUACAAGAUUGCCGACAGAGUCAAGAGCUUUGCCGUCAUCUACGUUUGCGACAUCGACCAGGUUCCCGACUUCAGCCAGAUGUACGAACUCUACGACCCGUGCACCAUCAUGUAUUUUUACCGCAACAAGCACAUCAUGUGCGACUUCGGCACCGGCAACAACAACAAGCUCAACUGGGUUUUGGAGGACAAGCAAGAGCUCAUCGAUAUCAUCGAGACCAUCUAUCGAGGUGCCAAAAAGGGACGUGGUCUGGUUGUUAGCCCCAAGGACUACUCCACGCGGCACCGAUACUAG